AUGAUUUUUUUUGGCUCCAAUGAGGAACGUAAAUCAGAAGAUGUUCCUAAGAUAGGACAUGAUCCAUCUAGGAUAGUUCUGCGCAAACUUCCUGCUGACAUUGAUUAUGACCGCUUUGUUGAUAAAAUAGCCACUUUGAAAGGAGUCAAGUCCUACUAUUUUAUCCAAGGUAGAGUUCCGAGCGACCCCAAUGAAACUCCCGUUCACUCACGGGCGUAUCUCCAAAUGGAAAGCACAGAGCACAGCAAGUCUGCUGUCCGCCAACUUCGGAAUUCCAGUCGGUCAGUCGAUUUUUUUCCGUUUGCAAGCUCAGAUAUACAGAAGGCUCUAAACGAAUCUGUUCCUGCACCCUUUAUUGCAGGGCAUCGAAAAAGCAGAACUAAGCUGGAGGAAUCACCAUUAUUUCUGAACUAUAUGAAGAUGGCUGCAGGUGAGAUCACUGAAGAGGAGUUCCAGAAGCCCUAUUUGGCAAAGCCUAAAAGGAAGAAAGCACCCAAACAGGCUCACAGCCCAUCUGCUGAACGACGAGAUGAAGCGACGGAAAAAAAGACCGACGCGUCGAAAAAAAAGAAGGAGAAAAAGGAGAACUUAAAGAAGGAGAAAGAGAAGAAUACAAGCGCACAGCAGAAACAAAAGAAAGUUAAGGCUAAGAAAUCCAAAUCUAAUAAAAAAACUGGUGGACAAAACAAAAGCGCCCAGGCCGAACCGUCAACCAAGGUCCAGAUCACAUAA